UAUGAAUGCUGGCAUUUUGAUGAAGACAAGGUCCUAAACAUACGGCUCUCGAACAUGGGCCUCAAAGGUCGGUUCCCGGUGGCUCUCAAGAACUGCACGAGCAUGACAGGAUUGGAUCUAUCUACAAACGACCUCUUCGGACCGCUUCCUGAUAAAAUCGGUUCAAUAAUACCAUACGUGACAACCGUCGACCUCUCCUAUAACAAUUUCACCGGUGUUAUUCCGGAUAGCCUUGGGAAUUGUAGCUACCUGAAUACACUUGAUCUCCAAAACAAUCGGUUUACAGGUCAGAUUCCCUGGCUACUCGGCCGGCUUGAUCGGUUGUCUCAGUUCAGUGUCGCCAACAAUUCUUUGUCGGGACCAAUUCCUCCCUUUUAUAAGCGGCAAUCAAUACUGGCCAUUAGCUUUGCUAAUAAUACGGGACUUUGUGGGACGCCUUUGGAUGUUGUUUGCAGAAGACCUGUGAAAAAAUCACAUGCCAGUGUCAUCAUUGGUGCGGCCAUUGGCGGGAUAGUUCUCUCAGCUAUAGUUAUCGGUGUUAUUCUGUUAUUCAGUUUCUGUAAAGUAUCUAAGAAGAAGAAGGAAGAAGAGGUUGAAGGAAACAAGUGGGCAAAGAGCAUUAAAGGAACAAAAGGCAUCAAGAUGUUGGUUCCCCGAGGAGGCGAUUUUCGGCGAAGGUGA